CUGUCAGUGUUUGUAAACUGAGAAAAAAAUUGGAAGUGCGACAAGAAAUAAUAACCUACAUAACUCUAAAAAUCAAACGGCUUUGGCCCUUGAUGAUUUGGGUGGGUGUGGUCUCUUCUGUUACCCCUCAUCCUAACUGAAGCCCCCCUCUGUUCCCCCAAACACACACGCAUUCAAACCACGGCGAUGACACACAAUUCCAACAACUCUGUUCGAGACCAUAUGAAAUGGGCUGGGUUGCUGGGCUGCGAGGCGGUGCUGUCCAGCAUGGCCCUGAUGCAAGCCAACAACAUCCCAGGACAGAAGAGGAUGAUGUCACCCUUGGGUCAAGGGCACAGGGCCAGUCCUGAGAGCCACCAAACCCACUCUCAGCACAGCCACAACCACCAUGGACACCAGGUUCACCAUGGGCAACCCCACCACAGCCACAUGGGCCAUCCUUCAGCUGGGAGCUGUCCUCCCCUGCUGAUCCGAAAAGACGGGGAUUAUCACUCAUCAAGAAUGAUGGAUGGAAAGGACAUGCAGGCCAACCAGAAUAUGCAGCCCAAGAAGAAGCACAAAAAAUCAGCACCAUCCAGCAAAGUUAAAGUGGAGCAUUUAGUUCCACCUAUGGAUAUGGACGAUGACAGUUCCUUGAAGGUCCAGAAGAACUUUAUCUGUGACCACUGCUAUGGAGCUUUCCGGAGUAGCUACCACCUCAAGCGACACAUACUAACACAUACAGGAGAGAAGCCAUUUGCUUGUGACGCCUGUGAUAUGCGGUUUAUUCAGCGUUACCACCUGGACAGACACAAGAGGGUGCAUAGCGGAGAGAAGCCGUACCAGUGUGAUCGCUGCCAUCAGAACUUCUCACGGACAGACCGGCUGCUGAGACACCGACGGCUAUGUACAGUCGGGAUGAGCAAAGAGGAAAACCAGUACUCACAGGACGCAUCUGCCCAUACAGCUUCCUGGAGCCCCCUACAGCCUUCAAACAACCGUCUGACUGUCUGACCCUCUGCUUCCCAUAGAGACCCAACAGACAGAACAGCAGUCUGCAGCUCGGUGACGUCACACAUUGGAGCUCAACAGUACUGUAACCUGAAAAACAGCCUCGCUCAAACACAACCAGACUUUAGUUUGCUCUCGCCAGCUCUUACACAGAGCUUGAUAGUAGAUUUUUGUACUUUUUUAAAGUUUAAAUCAUGAUACAGACAAAGGGGGAAGGAUUCAUUCAGUACCUUGGAGAGCAGGUCUUGAUAUUAUGGCAAUAACUGAAUGAAAAACAUCUCCUUUUAUCUGAAAGGUUGCAGAUAUUUUUUGGUAUUGCUGCAGAGGGAUUACAUGUAUUUUUUGCCACAUUGACAGCUAAUGCAUCGUGCAGCACCUUUUGGGUAUCCUGUUGACCUGCAAUCAACUCCAGUGCAACCCAACCUACUACAUAUGGACAGUCCAACUAAGGACACACAAACAGAACUGUGUAGGUUUUGAGUUCUGCCCAUUUUUUUGUUCCUAAUGCUACAAAUCAAGUACCAGCUAGUGUUCAUAAGUGUCACAGCAGACUUGUGGUCCAUGUUGUGGGCAUCGCCUGUUUUCCAACACACAAGUCUUAAAUGGAUCUAAAACAAUUUCUUGUCUGCUACCGGCCCAGCUGUAAAGCUGAACUACAGGUGAAAUUCUGUUGGUGAUGUGUAUAAACAGGAUGAAAAACACUAAAAUUUAACUCCUGAAAUGUAAAAAAAACAAAAAACUAAUCUUGGUGUUAGUCAAGCUGUGUAGCGACUGUUGGCUCACAUAUUCACUGUUCCACCUUGUUUUAAAGGAGUUUUGUCCUUACUGUUGAUAGGUUACACAGUUGAAAAACAGUAGAAAGCUGACAGGUUUUAUCGGGAGAAUUUCUGGACAAUGUGACCUUUUUUUAUACAGUAACUGGAUGUAGGAACCACCUCUCUGUUGCAGAAAUUAGGUGUUUCUAUAAACCCCCUCAAUAUAAAUGUGUACUGUCUCUCUGUUCCUAGAAACCACUGUCAGUCUUAUGUGUUUUUUUCCUGAUCAGCCUUUAUAGAUUUUUCUGAUUUUGAAAAACGUCCGUCCUUUCAAAAGUAUUUUGGAAAGUGAGGCUGAAUGUUAUAUGAAAACCAGAAAUGUAUCUGAAAAAUUGCAUUAGCACAAAAUUGGAUUAAAUUAAAACUAGUCCUAGGCCUAAAAAUACACUUAAGAAUUCUCACACACUGUAUGCUACUAAUUAAAGUAAUUAAAGUAGAUUUACUGGAAACAUUUUGGUAUGUAGGUCAUCAUCAGGUUAUUAUUAUAUACAUAAACAUAAGAGUACUGAAAUGUUGUUCCCAAUAAAUCUCCUUUAAUUGCAGUGUGUAGAAGUUUUUUGGGCCUCUGAUGCAUUUAUCAUCCUACUAGUUUUACUUUUUGAUGGUUCAACUGGAAGUACUGGAUUAAUUUGGUUUGGUCUAGUCAAAUCAUCAAACCAUUGCCCAUAUCAGUUCAAAAGGCUCUAAGCAUAUUUUGGUUCAUUAACAGAUAACGAGAGUUCGCCUCCGUCUUGACCUGACUGAAUGUGAUGUGAAUACAGUGCCAUGUCGUUUCAUCUCCAGCUUAACUUUGAGCAUCUUCAGUGAAGAUGAAGAGCAGUGGACAGGGGAAUAUAAGGCCCACGUGGUGUUUUCUACGUUGAUAACCUACAUUAUAUUAUGUUCAGGCCUCUGUAUGACGACAGAAGAUGUUAGCUCAGUUUUAGAGGAUUGUAUUGUAGCCUGGUACUUAUGUUGCUGUCAGACUUUUAGAUUAUGUGGAAGGAGUUUGGGGCCCAUCACUGACCUGCCUACUUUUUAUGAAGUUAAUAUAUAUUUAAAUUGUAUUAGGGGUAGGAAAUAGUAUGUAUGGGACCUAUACUUCGAGAGAAAUUCAAAGUAUUUACAAAGUAAUAAUCCUUAGUCUGAUGAUUUCAUAUGACAAGAAAAUGGCUUCAAUCGGCCAUGGCAGUAAAAACCGCCACUUUUGCCCUUUUUAGUAUAGCAGCCAUGAUUAGUCAGCAUACUUUUUAAUGUUUCCUUUGCAUGUAUUUUUUUGGAGGAUUUUGUGUAUAUUUUGUUUUGGUAAAGAGUUUUUUGUUUGUUUGUUUUUUAAAAUGUGAGCCCCACCUUUUUGUCAUUUUAAGGAUUGGAAAUCAAGUUUGACUCAAUCAUACUGUGGUAAAUGGAGUUUUAGGGCCCCAAGACUCAAUAAAGCUGUUACACUUUUUCAACAAA